AUGCAUGCGGACAGUGCAUGUGCAAAGAACGACAGAUAUUGCGCACUUUCUUUUAUUCCGAGUGGCAUUGCUAAAGACCAUGGGCCUGCCUAUUUUGAGCCUGACCUCCACAAGAAUCCAGCCAAGACUUUUGGGAGCGGUACAGUAAUAGCUGGUUUUCGAGGGACAGUCCCACAUGGCCUAUCACUGGAGAUUGGAGACACCGUUCAAAUAUUAGAGAAAUGUGAUGGAUGGUACAGAGGAUUUGCCUUAAAAAACCCCAAUGUUAAGGGCAUAUUUCCAUCCAACUACAUUCACUUGAAAAAUGCGUGUGUUAAGAACAAAGGACAAUUUGAAAUGGUUAUUCCAACAGAAGAUUCUGUUAUUACAGAAAUGACAUCAACUUUAAGAGACUGGGGAACAAUGUGGAAACAACUCUAUGUGAGGAAUGAGGGGGAUCUCUUUCACCGACUAUGGCACAUAAUGAAUGAAAUCCUUGACCUGCGAAGGCAGGUCCUUGUCGGCCAUCUCACCCAUGAUCGAAUGAAGGAUGUCAAGCGACACAUCACUGCUCGUCUAGAUUGGGGCAAUGAGCAACUGGGACUUGACUUAGUUCCAAGAAAAGAAUAUGCUAUGGUGGAUCCUGAAGAGAUCAGCAUUACAGAACUCUACAGGCUGAUGGAGCAUCGUCAUCGAAAAAAAGACACACCAGUACCAGCUAGCAGCCACCAUCUUUUUGUCCAGAUGAAGAGUCUCAUGUGCUCCAAUUUGGGAGAGGAACUGGAAGUAAUCUUCUCCCUGUUUGAUAGUAAAGAAAAUCGACCCAUCAGUGAAAGAUUUUUUUUAAGACUGAAUAGAAAUGGUUUGCCAAAAUGUCCAGAAAAGCCUGAAAGACACUGUUCUCUCUUUGUGGAUUUGGGCAGCAGUGAACUCAGGAAGGACAUCUAUAUCACAGUGCACAUUAUCCGAAUAGGACGAAUGGGAGCUGGAGAAAAGAAAAAUGCCUGCAACGUACAAUAUAGGAGGCCCUUUGGCUGUGCCGUCCUCAGUAUUGCAGAUUUGCUGGCAGGAGAUUCAAAAGAUGACCUCGUCUUAAAAGUAUACAUGUGCAACACAGAGAGUGACUGGUAUCAGAUCCAUGAAAAUAUCAUUAAAAAACUGAAUGCACGUUACAACUUGACGGGCUCUAAUGCAGGUCUGGCAGUUUCUCUUCAGUUGCUUCAUGGAGACAUAGAACAAAUAAGGAGAGAGUAUACAUCGAUGUUUACUCAUGGAGUAUCCAUCACAAGGAAACUGGGGUUUUCCAAUAUUAUCAUGCCUGGUGAAAUGAGGAAUGAUUUAUAUAUCACUGUAGAAAGAGGAGAAUUUGAGAAGGGAGGGAAGAGUGUGGCGAGAAAUGUGGAAGUGACAAUGCAUGUCGUGGACAGCAGUGGUCAAAUUUUAAAG